CGUCUCCAUUUGUGUUUUUAUUCUUGCAAAACAUCAGCGCUGCACAUAUUUGGAAUUCUUCCAGUCUGCAGGAGCAUCUUUGCAGCGUUGUCUCAGUAACUAGAACUUAUUCCGUCACGUCUGCACGUCCCGAUAGGCUCGUGCUUUGUCGGUCUGCCAAGAGAGCAGUGCAGCUCUGUGCUGUAGUGGAAGUGGAACAGUGAGUUUGUGACCUGAAUUUCAGCCACGCGUUGUUUGUUUGGGUUUUAUUUUUUAAUAUGAACCUGGGGUUAUUUUUGGGGGGCAUCGAUCUGUCAAUUAUUCUCACAAUUAAUCUAAUUAUUUAGUAUCAGAAAUGAGAGAAACGUGUUUUUAUUCUGACCUUUGAGAAGCUAUAGAGGACCAGACAAAGUUGACCCCUGUUGACAGGGGACCAACGGGCCACUACGUGGACACGUGGGCCUUGUGUCGCUUUGUGGCCAUUGUUUAGAAUCUAUUAUCAAACUCAUCCAACAUUUAGUGACUCUGUACAGAAACAUCUGCAUCUGCCCUGCAGCAUCGAACCAGAGCACGGAUGCUGCUGAUCAUCAACACGGCGUCGGGAGAUGAGCUGUCUUGGAAACGCACCCCCUGGAAUGUUGGUUUAGCCCGUAAUCCGGCUGUGAUUUGUCCGAUUUCAAAGUGCCUCGGCCGUGCCAUGUGAACCCAAGAAAAUGGCAGAGAGUGGAAAGAGCGGCGAGAGAAGAAGCGAGGAUGGCGGGAGAAGAGGAGGCGGACCUCCCCAGGAGGCCCGCUGCCCCGCCGGUGGUGGCCCCUCCCCGGUCGCUGGCACCAAGAGGCACCUCCCCCGGGGCAUUGUGAUCCAGCUGACUGGGACGGAGGGCGAAUGGGACAGUCUGGACGACGGCGAGCUCCUCGACCACGACGACGACUGCCCGUCCGUCCCGCUCCCCAAAGAGAGGCAGCCUUCCGGCGAGGACGAGCGCAGGUUGCAUUCCCCGUCGUUCCACGUCCCUCUCUCCCCUUCGGACCCCGGCUCUCUGGGGGACGGCUUUCUGUCCCCGGGUCCUUCUUCCCCCCGCCAGCGGCCCCUGGCCAGCCUGGUCAAGUCUCUCUCCACGGAGCUGGAGCUCAAAGAAAGCUCCACUCUCAGGCCGCGGCCCAUCAUCAGCCUGGUGAAGUCCAUCUCCACCGAGAUCUCCCGCUCGGAGCCGGAGGUGUCGCAGUCAAAGUCCGACUCUCGCCUCAACCUCCACGUGUGGAAGCAGCUCACCCAGCACAAAGGCCGCGGCAACGGGGACUCCCGCACCGCGCCCCCCUCCCCUAGCUCACACUCCCCCACCGCAGAGGGUCCAAAAGGGGGCUUCUUCAAGAUGGAGCUGGAGGACACCAAGAGGAAGCUCUCGGAGGCCGUGCACGAGCCCUUCAGCAGCAUGUUCAGUAAGAUAUUGAGGGAGGAGGGCGCCGGCAGUCCCAGACACCAGUGUAGGGGCCCGGGUGCCCCCCAGGUCGGCUCCCGGGGGUCGGGGCACGAAGGUGCCACGGACACGGUCCUCUCCGAGUCUCCCGUGAGGAACGCCAGGAGAGCAGAGGCUGACUUCUUGCCCGUGUUCAACUGGCCCGGGAGGGGCCAGCGGGGCUGCUGCCCCGUGCAUCACAACCGGCCGCAUCACGGGGACGAGGAGCUGGACGCGGGCGCAGAGGCCGACGCCGAGACUCGCAGCCAGGCGAGGACGUCGCCCACCGGGGCCGAGCCCGUGGUUAGGACCUUUGACCUCUCCCAGCCCCCGCGCCCUCUGCCCGGCAUGAGUUUGUUCUGCGUGGCGGUGCUGUCCUAUGGCUACUUCAUCCUACCUCUCAGCCCGUACCUGUCCGGCCUGGCUCUGGGAUUGGCGCUGGGCUUCUUGCUGGGACUGCUGCUCAUCAGGAUGGGCUCCCCCACGUCUCGCCGCUCAGCUUCACCACACGGACCGGCGCGGACUCCGUCGGGGGGGGGGAUUCCGCCAGCUGUCGAUGUCGGCGCCGAGCCUGACGCGCUCAAGGGCUGGAUGAACGAGGUGCAGGACUACGACCCGGAGACGUGGCACCCCGCGGCGACGCACUCCGUGUUUGCCGCCCUGCAGGGCUCUCGCCUCUGCCUCGAUUCCCCGCGGAACAACAUCGGGCGCCGGGCGGCGCACGACGAGAGGCCCCACGAGGCCGCCUUCGUCCGGUCACGCUGCUUCCAGCUCGCGCACAGCAAAGUGUUCCUGCUGCCGUCUGUGUUGGCUCGCAAGAGGAUGUGGAACCCAAAGUAUCCCGUCUGCAUCCGAUUGGCCGGGGGAUCGAACUCCCGGGAGGACGAGGGAGGAGGAUCGGAGCCGAGCUCCUCCUCCGAACGCGACCCGGACCCCCCCGCCACGCUUUACCUCUUCGGACGCACGGGGAGGGAGAAAGAGGAGUGGUUUCGUCACUUCCUGUUUGCGUCCAUGGACGGCGAGGGGGAGGCGGGGAGAUCGGGUGAGCCCGCGGCGGCACCGGGCGGCGCCGUCCCGAGCGGCAGGGUGGGCAGCAGCGAAGACGACGCCGACGACGCCCCCCCAACGUCUCCGGUCGCCUGCGUCCCCCCGGCUCCGGUCAGCCAGAGCUCCGGUGGCGCCGGGGGCCUCUCCCCGCCGGACUACCCCAGCUACAUGGCCCGUCUCCUGGCUGCAGAGGAGGGGCCCCCCCCCCGGAGUCCUGCAGCCGGCGGCACGGAGUCGAGUCCCACGCUGAAAGGGAAGUGUACCUGUGAUCCGGCGGAGCGGGCCGGGCCCAGCCAGGCGGCGUGGGCCAACGCUCUAAUUGGUCGGGUCUUCUGGGACUUCCUGCGGGAGAAGCGCUGGUCCGACGCGGUUUCCCACAAGAUCCAGAAGAAGCUGAGCAAAAUCAGACUGCCUUACUUCAUGAAUGAGCUGACGCUGACUGAGUUGGACAUGGGCUGCUCCAUGCCACAGAUCACCGCCGCCUCCACGCCGCAGGUCAACCACAGAGGCCUGUGGGUGGAGCUGCAGCUGGUGUACGCCGGCGGCCUGCAGAUGACCCUGCAGACCAAGUUCAACCUGUCCAAGUUGGGUAAAGACGGCGGCCAGGAUGCAGACUGCACGACUGAAGCCGCUAGCCACCGGCCCGUGUUCGGCGUGUUGGCGGACAGCGACGAGGAGUCUUCCAGUGCGGGUUCGUCCGACGAGGAGGAGCUGCUGCUCUCCGAGCCUCAGGCUCCGGCGGGGGAGAAAAGACCCCCCCCGGCUCCUGAUGGGACGGGAGGCGGGAAGACUGGACGCAAGAUUUUGAGAUUUAUGGACAAAAUCGAAUCCAAGUACUUCCAGAAGGCGGCAGAGAACGAGUUCAUCAAGAAGAAGUUUGAGGAGAUGUCCAACACGCCCCUGCUGCUCACCGUGGAGGUCCAGGAGCUGUCAGGGACCCUCGUCGUCAACAUCCCACCGCCUCCAUCAGACAGGAUAUGGUACAGCUUCUGCGUCCCCCCCAAGCUGGACCUGCAUGUCCGUCCCAAGCUCGGCGAGAGGGAGGUCACCUUCUGUCACGUCACCGAGUGGAUUGAAAAGAAGCUGCAGGACGAGUUCCAGAAAGUGUUCGUGCUGCCAAACAUGGACGACAUCUGCGUCCCCCUGAUGCGCUCGGUGGUGGACGGGCCCCGACCGGCCGCUCGGCCCAAGCCGCCCCGCAGCUCCUCCAGCGAGUCCAUCCAGGGGAUCCCGCCGGAGGCCCACGAGUCGGACUAGAGGACAAACCGCACAAGUGAUACCUUCAACUAAUGUUUACGCGUGAGGGUUCCUGCACCUCAACGCCACGAAACCCCGAGGAACAAAACGCAAAUGUGAGGCAGAAGAAACCCGUUUCCUCUUUUGUAGCAGAGAUUACACUGUUCCUGCGUGUGAUCGAUGUAACGCCUCAUAUUUAAAAAAGCACCAUUAAACAGAACAGUGCUGUAAAUUAA